CAGAUCAUGGAUUCUGCGUCAGCUCUGUUGCUGGACGCGCCCUCACUUCCGUGUGUGUUCGGGGAUAGAGAGUAAAUAAUAACACCGUCAGGGGGCUUGUGUCUGUGUUGCCAAGAGAACGCGGUGUGAGGAGUUCAGAUGGCGCAGGUCUCGCGUGCUUUAAAGCAGUCAGUUUGACGACUUAUUGAAUGUGGCAAGACAUGAAUAAACCCAAAAUGGCUGCAGAAAAAAGUGCUUCCCGGGUGCUGAUGUUGCUGAGUCAGCUGGAAAGACUGAAUGAGGAGCCAAAAGUCUCUGAUAAUGAUGCCAUUCGGCAGAUCACAGGCAAAAUCCUUCACCUCAUCCAGACUCAAGAGAAGACCCGUAAGGAGGUGGGGUCUAAAAGCUCUGGCGGGAUGGAGAUCAUUCUGUCGUCUCUGGAGAAUACACAGGAUUUGCAGACCACUCUCAACAUCCUCGCUAUCUUGAAUGAACUGUUGACUGUGGGUCUCUGCCAAGGAUACAUUUUUGAGUGCUACAAGGCUAUUGGAUUUUAA